UGUCCUCUGUUUACCAAUCAUUCACACCCCUCUCCCAAGUCUCAAUUUCAAUAUUGAACUCCCUGCUCCUCCCGUCGCUCGAUCGCUAUGUCCUCCUCCACGGGGAGCUUGGACCACGCAGGGUUCACGUUCACGCCGCCGCCGUUCAUCACGUCCUUCACCGAGCUUCUGUCGGGGUCCGGCGCCGGCGACGCGGAGCGGUCGCCGAGGGGGUUCAACCGAGGGGGCCGGGCCGGGGCGCCCAAGUUCAAGUCCGCGCAGCCGCCCAGCCUGCCCAUCUCGUCGCCCUUCUCCUGCUUCUCCGUCCCUGCAGGUCUCAGCCCUGCCGAGCUGCUCGACUCCCCCGUUCUCCUCAACUACUCUCACAUCUUGGCGUCUCCGACUACGGGUGCGAUCCCUGCGCAGAGGUGCGACUGGCAGGCGAGCGCCGAUCUGAACACCUUUCAGCAGGAUGAGCUCGGCCUCUCUGGCUUCUCCUUUCACGCAGUCAAGUCCAACGCCACGGUCAACGCUCAAGCAAACUACUUACCUUUAUUCAAGGAGCAGCAGGAGCAACAACAAGAAGAAGUGGUUCAAGUGAGCAACAAGAGCAGCAGCAGCAGCGGCAACAACAAGCAGGUUGAGGACGGAUACAAUUGGAGGAAGUACGGGCAGAAGCAAGUUAAGGGGAGCGAGAACCCGCGGAGCUACUACAAGUGCACCUACAACAAUUGCUCCAUGAAGAAGAAAGUGGAGCGCUCUCUCGCCGACGGCCGCAUCACGCAGAUCGUCUACAAGGGCGCACAUGACCACCCGAAGCCCCUCUCCACGCGCCGCAACUCCUCCGGCUGCGCGGCGGUCGUUGCGGAGGAUCAUACCAACGGCUCGGAGCACUCUGGCCCGACGCCCGAGAAUUCAUCCGUCACUUUCGGAGACGAUGAGGCCGACAAGCCCGAGACCAAGCGCCGGAAGGAGCAUGGUGACAACGAGGGCAGUUCAGGCGGCACCGGCGGCUGCGGGAAGCCCGUGCGCGAGCCCAGGCUCGUGGUGCAGACGCUGAGCGAUAUAGACAUACUCGACGACGGCUUCCGGUGGAGGAAGUACGGGCAGAAGGUUGUCAAGGGCAAUCCCAACCCCAGGAGCUACUACAAGUGCACAACGGUGGGCUGCCCGGUGCGCAAGCAUGUGGAGCGGGCCUCGCACGACAACCGCGCGGUGAUCACCACCUACGAGGGUAAGCACAGCCACGACGUGCCGAUCGGCCGGGGCCGCGCGCUGCUGGCGUCAUCUUCCUCCGACAGCUCGGCCGUCAUCUGGCCUGCCGCCGCCGUGCAGGCCCCGUGCACCCUCGAGAUGCUCGCCGGACACCCAGGCUACGCGGCCAAGGACGAGCCCCGGGACGACAUGUUCGUCGAGUCGCUCCUCUGCUAGCUAGGCAGGCUAGGCCGCGGCCCUUCGUUCCCCCUGUGGCGUUUACAUGUGGGUCCACGUGUACAAUAUAAUAGAUGCUACAUGUUUUUUUAGUUGAUCUGUUGAGUAAAUAAGCAAUUGUUUGAUUAAUUUAAUGCAGGAAUAGAUCAUAAGCAUGAUGUUUACUAAGCACAUACUGAUAUUUGAUCACAUAUUUUCUAUACAGUAGACACAUCUACACA